AUAAUUUAAUGACAACAAACUGGCAUUCUCUGUAUAUUAUAUGUAAAUGAUAUAUGCAAGCUAUCUGCCUGUCAGGUUCCUGGCUAACUGAUUUGCUUGUUCAGAACAGAUAAGAGACUGUAGCUAGGGCUGUCCAUACACCUCCACCACAGUGGCACGCAGGUGGUUUCAGAGGCAGGGCCGUGCAGUGCAUACAAAAUGAGGAACAACACAAGGAUGCACAACGACAGGCCUGCUCGACUGUAACCAGGCUGGAUCUUUUCCACAAGAAGAAUUGUUGCUUGUUUGUUUUGAUGCCCAAGUGCCUUUCUUUGAGUGCUUGUGUAGGCCUACUUCGACUGCCUGCUGGAGGCCAAAUCAGCUCUCUGUUUGAACGAAGGCUACAUGACGUCGCUGCGGUAAAGAAUAAGUCCUACGUUUUUGUGUGUUCAAUCCAGCCCUUGUUAGAUUUCCGCUUUCAGGAUUCGGGAGAACGCCUGGGCACUCAGUUCUGUUAGAUGCUGAAGUGGUACCAGGAGGACUUUAGCCUUAGACCCUUCAAGCAUAACGAUACGAGACACCUCUAGACCAAGUUCUGAGGCUCAGACAACCAGAAGAGGAGGACCACUUUGACAUUAUUUAGAAUCUUGGACGUCAUGGUGGACAAGUGAGCCUUAACAAAUUUCUUCACAGAGAAUAUUCAGAACUUGGCGAUGGAGCCAUACUUGGACCGAGAGGCCCACAUUAAGGUCUUGAACCCUGGCUUGUACGAGCCUGAGGGUGGGCCCAAGUUAGACACAUUGGACAUGAUCAAGAUACGCAUAGCACAACUCAAGUUCCGUCGCAAGGUGCUGUUGAAGGGAGAGCAGUUCAGGAUGAGGGUAUCGGAGUGCCAGGAGGAGGAAGUGCAGUCCCCUGAGCUAGCGGCGAUCUCAGCUGAGCUUCGAUACCUGACAUGUAAAGCGAGAGAACUGGGCUUCUUUGAAGAUGACGAUGAGGAUUUGACAAGACCUACGGCAGAGGAAUGCCUCCACUGGCCUGCACCGCCUCCAUGUGAACGUGUCCCCAAUGCUAAUAAAGAAGUUCCUAUUGCAGAACUGGGCAGGGAGCCUGCCGUCACCGGGUGCCCCAACUGUGGAGAGGUCGUAACCACAAAAAUUGUCAAGAAACGGGGAGAUGCCAAUUGGAUGCUGUGUUGCCUGUUGGCCAUGUUCGGGUGUAUUGGCGGAUGCUGUUUGAUUCCUUUCUGCGUGGGCAACCUCAUGGACGUCCAACACAGCUGUCCAUCGUGCCAGACUACAAUACACAAACGAGAAAAAAUAUGACACUGUCGUUUGACUGUAUGGAAAAUAUUAAAUCACUCAUCCAUUCAUUGAGUGAGUGGAGUGAAGCCUGGAAUGAAGGACUGAUAUUUAAAGGUGAUUAUAUCCUUGGGAGAACAGAGGAGACAUCCUCAAAUUAUGCUUAUUACAUAUUAUAUACAUUGAUAUUAGCUUUUACUCUUGGAUUGCUACUGGAUUCUAAUCACAUUGCUCCAUUUGUAUAUAGGAUACUGUUGUGUAUGAUGAUGACAUUAUCAAAGAAAGUGUAUAACUGAUGUUAUGUGGAUGUCACAUGGUAUCCCGAAAAGUCUUAUAUUUACAUAGACAAGAUGACAUCUUGCAUCAGCCAGUCAUGCAAAUAGUGUCGAAUAAACGGCGCCAGUUUAGUAUAUUAUGAUAGUUCAUGAACCCGGAACAGGUUUCAAAUUCACCCAUGCAAAUAGUCAGCAAAGGUUGUUGAUUAUGAAUUACAAGGAACUCUGCUCUAAGUAUUUUUUUUAAUAUAUAUAUAUAUAUUUUAUUAAGAUAUUAGCUUGAAAGGUAUGGAACUAUGGAAAUGAAUAAUUUAAAAGUUUAAUUUAAUAAAAAUGCAUUACAUGUUAUGGCCUAAUCCUGCAUCGAUUUAAUUCAGUUUAUUUAUUAAUCUAUGUAUUCAAUUAUUUAAAUACAUAAUAAUUGAUUUUACUUUGUAGAGCUAAUCAUGAUCGUGAUCGU